GGUGAAAUUCAGCUGGCUGGGUUUCGAUCACAAGAUCACAGGGAGGCAGUUCUACAAGCAGGUGACUACGGUGGGCCGACGUCUCAGCAUUGGGAACUCGAUGAAGCCUCAGGACAAACUGGCCACUCAGGAUGGCAACAAGCUCUGUUUGUCCACUGUGGACCUGGAGGUCAAAUGUCAGGCUCCCGAUCAAGGCUCUGGGUCCUUCAUGCAGAGUAUCUUCAGCCCAGUCUAUAUCCUGAGCUUGGUCACUAUGUGUGUGACACAGCUCCGCCUCAUCUUCUACAUGGGAGCCAUGAACAACAUCCUGGAGGAUCUGGUUGAGGGAGAUCUCGUCACAGUCAGCCUGUACUCCUCCAUCUUUGGAGUCCUGCAACUGCUGUGCUUAAUGACGGCCCCUGUGAUUGGCUACAUCAUGGACUGGAAGCUGAAGGACUGUGAUGAUGGAAUGUCGGACACAGAUGAGAAGGAGCUGGCCGCUGGGAUAAA